CAUUUUGGAGCUUUAUUUUACUGAACAAAAUAUAGAAUAGUGUUUGUAGUAUGCAAUUAUCAGAAGUUAUAACCGCUACUUAACUCACAUCUCAGCAGUUCAUUAUUCAUUACAACUGUGCAAACUCUGUCUGUUGAUGAAAAUGAGGGCUAAAUUAUCGAAAGCUCUGGAAAAACUAGCUGAGGAGUUAAAAAGGUUUAAUUAAAUUAUAUUAUAAUGAAUUUAAGGAAUCGGCCUGUGCAUAUUUUAAUUUCAUAUUUAAGUAUUGUAAAUUACAGUAUUGUGUAAUGACGAUACAUAAAUGACAGUGAGGUUUUUUUUAAUAAAGUACAACAACUAUUUAAACAGUACCUCAACCUUAAUCGAGUAAGUAGGAACCUUUAAAAAGUGACUAGAACUCGUUUCACUACGGAAUGUUUUUGUCGAUGCACACUACAGACUCAGGUGAAACGUUCUCGGAAUCAAUGGGGGUUUGUAUCUAAUAAAAGAUGAGUGUUGUGAAAUAACCACCUCUAAACUGCUGCUGAAACUCGUGUUUACAGAGAGACAUUGUUAUCUUAAUUUUGCGCCACGAUGGUUGACUGGAGUCCGAUAGCGAAGGUGUACGACCCGCUGAAAGCUGGCAGCAUCGACGGCACGGACGUGGAGCCCCAUGACCGGGCGGUAUGGAGGGCUAUGACCGCCAGAUACAAGCCCAACAAAGGCGUUGUUGGAGACCCACUGCUCACGCUGUUUGUGUACCGCCUGAACCCCCAGACGACGGAGGAAAAGCUGCAUCAAGUGUUCUCAAAGUACGGAGACAUCCAGAGGCUCCGGCUGGUUCGGGACAUCGUGACCGGUUUCUCCAAAGGAUACGCCUUCAUUGAGUACAAGGAGGAGCGGUCUGUGGUCCGGGCCCGCCGGGACGCCAACAAGCUGGUGGUGGACCAGAAUGAAGUGGUUGUGGAUUUUGAGCAAGAAAGGACCCUCAAGGGAUGGGUCCCCCGGCGGCUUGGGGGCGGGCAGGGAGGCAAGAAAGAGUCCGGACAGCUGCGGUUCGGUGGCAGGGACAGGCCUUUCCGUAAACCCAUCCACCUGGGGUUCGGUGCUAUGCAGGACCAGGGAGGCGGGGGAGGGAGGGAGUGGGACAGACAAGGGGAGAAAGACAGGGAGGACCGGGGGCGACACAGAGAGCCGGAGUGGGGCAGCAAAGGGAGGAGAGAUGACCGGGACAGAGGCAGAGAGAGGGACGACCGGAGCCAGAGGGACGACCGGAGCCAGAGGGACAGGAGUAGGCACCGGGAGAGGAGAUGAAGACCAAAUAAAAAAUAAAAAACUUCCAAAAAUUACACAGGAAGUCUGUGACAGAUGUUUAGAUCCAUAGCAGCUGCCUGACUAGAAGAAUUGGAAGUGUGUAGUGAAAGAUCUGUUGGGUUGCACACCUGAGUCUGGUUACAAUACAGAGGACUUUCUGGAUGUAUCAUUGGUUUAGUCUGAAUGACAAGUAUACUGGUUGAUAUUCAACAGGUUGCAGUGUAUGUUAAUAUUAUUUCUAGGGGGAGCUGCCAUUUUCAGCUGUUACUCUUAAGUAUUUCAGUAUGUCCCACCAUAUUUUACCAUAUGUGAGGCCUAACAGUAUGACACAAACUUUAAAAGCAGAAUCUGCAGCUGAGCUGACAAAAUGCUAACUUUUCUUAUACUUUUGCCAUUUACCUAUAAGACAUCCUAAGGGCAGUGUACCAAUUAUGUUUUUACCGAUGAAGAUUUUUGGAGAAUCAUAUUUUGUAAGCAUGAGCAUUGGUGCAACACUGGCUAAACCACAUCAAAUAAACCAAAACAUUUUGAACACGA